UUAGUAUCUUUUAGUUCUCACAGUUCAGCCUCCUCUCGCGAGUCUCGGUUCCAUAAACCCUUAAGCUAGGGUUAGGGUUUUAGUUUCUUCUGUUUCUCCGAAGGAUUACUUUCUAGAUUUUAUCUCAAUUGCUUCAUCCGGGUCUUCAUACAAAAGGCUUUUUCGUUUGGGCUUUUGUUCUGGUUUUUUUAAUGAAUCCGGAUCUAAUGGAUACCCGUAAGAGAGCGAUGCCUGAAGCUUCUUUCAACGUCAACGGCGCCCUCAAGAAAUCCAAGCAUGAAACAGACAACUUGUCAGGUGUAGGAAGCAAAUCGAAGCCAUGCACCAAGUUUUACAGCACUGCUGGCUGUCCAUUUGGUGAUAGCUGCCAUUUUCUGCACCACUUUCCAGGUGGAUACAAUGCUGUGGCUCAGAUGAUGAAUCUACCACCAACCAUACCCCUACCAUCUAGAAACAUGCCUGCACUGCCACCUGCCUCAAAUGGCUCAGCUUUUAAAUCUCGCUUGUGUAACAAGUUUAAUUCUGCUGAAGGUUGCAAGUUUGGUGACAAAUGCCAUUUUGCUCAUGGUGAAUGGGAACUUGGCAAGCCUAUUGCUCCAUCACUUGAUGAUCUCCGCAGCAUGGGACCUAUUCCAGGUCGUAUGGGUGGCCGGAUGGAGCCACCUGCAUCAGGACCUGCUGCUAAUUUUGGUGCUUCAGCUACUGCAAAAAUCAGUGUAGAUGCUUCCCUUGCUGGUGCCAUUAUUGGGAAGGGAGGUGUGAACUCAAAGCAGAUAUGUCGCCAAACAGGGGCCAAGCUUUCCAUCCGAGAUCAUGAGACAGAUCCCAAUCUCAAGAACAUUGAGUUUGAAGGCUCCUUUGAGCAGAUUAAGCAAGCCAGUGCUAUGGUAAGAGAGCUAAUUGGAAGCAUAGGUCCUGUCAACGCGAAGAAUCCUUCAGGUCAAGGAGUCACGGCUUCUAGAAGUAACAACUUUAAGACAAAGCUGUGUGGCAACUUUGCCAAGGGAUCUUGUACCUUUGGGGAAAGAUGUCACUUCGCACAUGGGGCUGCCGAGUUGCGGAAGUCAGUUCUGUGAGGUUUCAAUUUCCAGAUUUUGCUCUUGUGCAGGCGUGUAUUAGAGAGACAGCGAGCUGUUCUUUGUAUGUUGGUUUUGCAAUGCUAGCUGAACUGCUGAUAAAGAUCAGUGAAUUUGCGAUUUUGACCUUCACUAGAUUCAUUAUCAAAUUAUUGUAGCCUCUGUAGUCUUGACUUCAUUCUUUAAAGUUGGCGAAGUAGUUUGAGAGAA